AUGCCACUAUGUGAAAGUGAUGCGCUAGCCUCGGCCAAGCCGCUCUUCUUGGCUUGGGGCGGAGCCGCGGCAGCAGGUUCGGCGCUGGAGGUUCCGCGGGAGUUGGGAGAGUGUCUGGGGCUGGCGGAGGGGGAGGGGGUGCGCGUACGGGUGCGCCUGUGGGGGAGCAUUCCGCCCGCGGAGGCUGUCCACGUGGCACCUGCCACGUCAGACGACUGGGAGGUGCUGGAGCUGAAUCCGGCGCUUUUGGAGGAGACCAUUCUGCAGCAGGUGGGUUCCGGGGAGGUGGGCGCGGUUGCAGCAGGGCAGUCCUUCCCCAUAUGGGCGCAGGGGCAAGCGCCCUUGCGCCUGUGCGCCCUCUCUGCGUCCCCCUCCCCCUUGCCCUUUGAUUGGUCCGUCGUUUCAGGCCAAUCACACGACAGCUCUAGUGACGAUCUGACACUUUGUGAUACACGUGGCUUGUGUAGCAGCAGCAACAAGGGGGGCGCAGCAACAGAUAGCAGCAGAGGAGGAGGGGGAGGGAGUGGAGAUGGGUUGGUGGUGGUGGAGCCAGCAGGGUGUGUGUUUGUGAGCGAGGCUGACUGGAAGCGAGUGGGAGGGGGAGGGACACAGCUGCAGCACGUGCCUUGUUCUGUAAAGCCCUCGCAUGCAGCACAGGAGGGCAGUCACGAGACAUCAGCCCGCCGCCCAAAACCCACCAAUCAGGGCUCAGCUUCCAGCCGCUCCAGCCAAUCACAGCGCUUCUCCUCGCGCACCUCCGUCCCUGUGCGGGUGCUGCCCUCCUGCCACGUGGCAGCAGGCCAUUUGAUGAUACCUCCGGCCCUUUCCCUGUGCCUGGCAGUAGACUGGUUCUCAAAGGUGCUCCUCAAAGGGACUGUAGGCGCUUGGGGUGGUGGAGAGGGGUGGAACGCGGUUGGGGCUGGUGAUGAUGGGUGGAAUGCGGUUGGGGGUGGUGGAGUGGAGACCCGGAACGGUGGAGGGGAGGGAGUGAGUGGGGGAAGAAGCAGAGGGAGUGCAGGGAAAGGGAGUGUGAGGGAACCCUCUCACACAUCUCCUCCCUCCACUGUCUCCUCCUGCCUCCUCAUCCCCCCUCCCCCCUCUCUCUUCCUCACCCCUCUGGUGCUCUCUGGUGCUGCGUCAGUGGGGGGUGCGGGGUCAAGGGGAGGAUCCCGGGGAGCAGGCGCAGGAGGGGGAGCGGGAGGGGGAGGGAGUGUUAUUGGUGAUUUUUAUCCAGGGAACGAGCAGCAGCAGAUUCAGCAGCUGGAUCGGCAGCAGCAGGCGCGGUUAGGAGCGGUUGGAGUGGGUGCUGCUGUUGAAGCAGCAGAAAGGCAUUGGAAGAGAGUAGCUGGGUGGAAGGGAAGAGAGGAUCCAGGGGUGAGGGCGCUGGCGUGUGUGUUGCUGCAAGGAGGGUUGGGUCAAGCAAAGUGGGGAGUGGGGCAAGCAAGGGGAGAGAUGGGAGUGCCUCUGGUAGAUGGUGCAGUGCUGAGACUGGUGUGGUGGGAUGGAGUCAAUUGGGGCGGAGUGGAUGGGGAUGGGUCUGCUGCAGAGGGAGCACGCACUCGCUCCUCUGCUGCUGCUGCUGCUGCUGCUGCUGCUAGCGCAACUGCUUCCAAUACUGGUACUGGUUUAGGUAACUCGUCAUACGACACACACCGACAGCAGCAGCAGAUGGGGGCCUUGACUGCUUUGGCAGGGGCAGUGUUGGGAGGAAGCAUGGGGCUGGGAGGUGCGGGAGGGCGGGGGAUGAUGGGUGGGGGUGGAACCAUGGGGCCUGGCGGCAUGGCAGGAGGGAUGGGCCUUGGCAGCAGCAUGGCAGGAGGGAUGGGCCUUGGCAGCAGCAUGGCAGGAGGGAUGGGCCUUGGCAGCAGCAUGGCAGGAGGGAUGGGCCUUGGCAGCAGCAUGGCAGGAGGGAUGGGGCCUGGGAGCAGCAUGGCAGGAGGGAUGGGCCUUGGCAGCAGCAUGGCAGGAGGGAUGGGCCUUGGCAGCAGCAUGGCAGGAGGGAUGGGCCUUGGCAGCAGCAUGGCAGGAGGGAUGGGCCUUGGCAGCAGCAUGGCAGGAGGGAUGGGGCCUGGGAGCAGCAUGGCAGGAGGGAUGGGGCCUGGCAGCAGCAUGGCAGGAGGGAUGGGGCCUGGGAGCAGCAUGGGAGGAGGGAUGGGGCCUGGGAGCAGCAUGGGAGGAAUGGGAGGAAUGGGAGGAAUGGGAGGAAUGGGUGGAAUGGGUGGAUAUGGGAGUGCGGCACCAGUCUCAGGCUCUAUAUCCCAUGGGUCCACACUGGAAUCUUCACAUACAUCUGCAGAUGGACCUUCUUCUGAAGCUUCCAAGACGCUUCCUGCCGUCCGGGCGGCUGCCAGCGAGGCGGUCGACAGCCUGGCGCUGCUGACUGCCGUCCAAUCGGAGCGCAGCACUGUCGCACUGGGAGCUCCCAUGGAGUGGGCUGUCCCCUUUACAAGCAGCCCCGGACUCGUUUAUAGCCCGGUGCAGGCCCAGUCAGCAGCAUCGCCUCAUCAUAACUCAGUCAUCUCUCCGGCCUCCACUGCCCUCUCCCGCCUCCUCGCCUCUCUCUCCCUCCCCUUCCGCCUCACCCGUCGCUCCCUCCGCCUCCCUUCCCCAGGCUCCAUUCUCCUCCAUGGCCCCCCUGCCAGCGGCAAAACCUCCCUAGCUUCGGCCCUCGCCUGGCAGGUUCGGAACGACCGGACCUGCCUCGCGCACACAGAGUUUGUCAGCUGCUCCAGGCUCGGGUCCGAGCCUGCGAAGGAGGUUCGGCGGGUGCUGGGGAGGGCGGUGGCGCGGGCCAAUGAGAGGGCGCCAGCUGUCGUCGUGUUGGACGAUCUGGAUGUGCUGGUUCCGGGGGCGAGUGGGGGGCCGGAGGAAGGGACAGGUGGUGGCGCGGGAUUAGUGGAGUUUAUUGCUGACCUGAUGGAUGAAUGCCAGGCCCACCAGUCCCCUAUAGCCUUCCUAGCAACAGCCCCCUCGCCAUCCGCCAUAGCGCCAUCUCUCCGUGCUGCAUGCCGCUUUGACACCCCUGUGGAGCUACCCGCCAUGGGGGAGGGCGAGAGGGCAGCACUGCUCAGACGGAUCCUUCUGGAGAGGGGGAUUGGGUGGCAGGGAGGGGAUGCUCUGCUCCAAUCGGUGGCCGCCAGGUGUCAGGGCUGUGACGCGUCGGAUCUUGAGCUAGGCUGGGACGACGUGGGAGGAAUGGCCGACGCCCAAACAGCCCUGCGAGAAGUCUUAGAGCUCCCAGCCCAGCACUCCCAUAUCUUUGCCUCAGCUCCUCUCCGCCUUCGCACUGGCGUGCUCCUUUUCGGCCCUCCCGGGUGUGGGAAAACGCACAUUGUCGGCGCUGCUGCUGCUGCGUGUGGGAUUCGGUGUGUCUCGGUGAAAGGCCCGGAGCUGCUGAAUAAGUACAUCGGAGCUUCGGAGCAGGCGGUUCGGGACGUGUUCUCCCGAGCCUCCCGCGCCGCUCCGUGCAUUCUGUUUUUCGACGAGUUUGACGCGAUUGCGCCGCGAAGAGGGCAUGAUAGCACGGGGGUGACUGACAGAGUAGUGAAUCAGCUAUUAACGGAGCUAGAUGGUGUGGAGGGGUUAGAAGGGGUUUUUGUGGUGGCCGCUACGAGCCGUCCAGAUCUGAUCGAUCCGGCUCUGCUGCGUCCUGGACGGUUGGAUCGGCUCGUGCUCUGCGAUUUUCCCGGGGAGGAGGACCGGCUGGCGAUUCUCCGCGCGCUUUCCAGGACGCUUCCUCUGAGUGCUGACGUGGACCUUGCUGAGCUGGCGCGACGCACGGAGGGGUUCAGCGGCGCAGAUCUGCAGGCCUUGCUGGCAGAUGCACAGCUGGCGGCGGUGCAUGCUGUGCUGGAUGAGAGUGAGCGGGGGGGAGGAAGGGAGAGUGGGAAAGGGGGAGGAGAGGAGGUUGAGAAGAGGGGAGGAGGGGAGAGUGAGAAGGGAGGAGGAGAGGAGGAGGCAGCUGGGGAGGGGAAGAGAAGUGGAGAUGGAGGGGAAGAUAAGACAGAGGUGGAAGGGGGAGCAGGGAGGCAGGCAGUGGAGGGUAGAGGUUCCGAGGACCAGAAGAAGCACCGGAGAGCGAAGACAGGAUCGGCGAGGAAGGGCAGAACGGGGAAGAAAGCGGAGGGAGUGGAGGCAGGGAGGCCAGUACUGGGGUGGGUGCAUCUGCAGCAGGCGGUGGGCAGCGUGCGGCCGUCCGUGUCAGCAGCAGAGAGGCAGCGGCUGUCGGAUAUCUACGAUGAGAUGAUGGGGGCGCGGAAGGGGAGCAGUGCUGCUGCGAUGGCGGAGAGGAAAGGGAAGCGGGCCACCUUGGCCUGA